ACUCGCGACUCGGCCGGCCUUUGCCAAGCGCCAUUUUGGGCCGUUCUCGAAGCGUCGCCAACUGGGCUUCCGUCCGAGCCCGGCCGGCCCGUCGACGCACCGACUCAUCUGCCCGACUCGACGGCCUUUGCGGCCGCAGCUGCCGCCGCCCAGUUCUGGGGCUUGAUGAAUCCGCCGGGCUCGAGCUGUGACCCAAUCAUGCUGGCCAACACGAGCUCGAAAGAGCCAAUGCCAACGUCGUUGCCAACGGCGACGGCUACGGCGACGGCGACGGCGAAUGCGGGUUUUUGGCCGGCGAAUGGCGAGUCGGCGUCGGCCGGUCGUCUCGACGUGUGGUUCCCGUCGGCCGAGACAGUCGGUGCCGGGGGACUCGCGUUGGCGACGGGCCGCGAGAACCGGACGCAUGUCGACGUGACGACCGGUUGUCGAGCUGUCGAUGGCCGGUUCGUCCGGUCGGUUGGAGGCCAACUCGGCGCGCCGUUCGACCCUUCGGCUGCGCGACUCACGAAGCGGAUGGACGCGGUUGCCGUCGACAAGCCGGAGCCCGACGCGGAUGCACACGACUGUCUCAGUCUGCCCGGCCCGGCGACUGUCGGGUCGUCUACCAAAUCGGUCACUUUGGUUGCCAGGCGGAAGAGAGACUGCGCCGGUCGAGAUGCGUCGGUCAGAAGAGUCGGCCGAUGCGCCGAGGAGCAGAUGAGCUCGGCCGCGUCGCGACUGACGCAAGACGAGCGGCGAGAAGAUGUCGAAGAAGCAGAAGCAGAAGAAGAAGAAGAAGAAGAAGAAGAAGACGAAGAAGAAGACGAAGAAGAAGAAGACGAAGAGGAAGAAGAAGAAGAAGAAGAAGAGGACGAUGACGAGGAAGAGGAAGAAGAGGAUGAAGAGGAAGAGGAGGAGGAGGAGGAGGCUGUUCCGAGAGGCGAUAGCGGCCUGUUUGUCACUUGUCCUGGCGCAUGCCAACAAAAUGUACCGCCGGCCGGUGCCGACGGGCCCAGCCCAGCCUCAAAAGUCGUCUUCCCCCCGUCCGACGGUCUCGCCGUCCCAUUCCCCUCGGCAGCUGCCGCCGCAGCCGCAGUCGCCGCGGUUGCCGCGGCCGCUGCCGCCGCGGCCGCGGCCGGCCUGACAGAAACCGGUCGACGCCAACCGGGACACCAACCGCCGCCGCCGCAAUUGAGUCAGCCCCAGCAACCGGACAAAGUGUCGCUUGCCACGCCACCAAUUCAC